CGCGCGGUGAUUGAUGGUUGGGGCUGUUUUCCAGAGAGAACGAGGCGGGUGGAAUUCGGUGCGCGCUGCUCACUUCUUGCCCGGGCGCUUGGAGUUCCCCGCUCAGAGCCAGGCUCCGGUUUCCCCCUCCCCUCUGUGUCCUGCUGGUGCUGGUGCUUGCGUUUUAUUUUUUAUUUCCCCCCUCCAUGCCUCCUCUCCUGUUCAGUUGAGUUCUUUCCCCGCUCCUCCCCCCCUUCUUACCUUUCUCUUUCUUUUUCCCUCUCUCCUUUUGCAAACCAAAACUCUUCUUCUAGGGAGAGGCUAGUGGUUAGAGCUGAAGCUGGAUGGAUGGGUAUGGGGAAAGGGGCAAGCGGCCAAGCCCUUGGACUGAUCCAGACCCUCUUUCUCUCUCUCUGCGUCUUCCCAACAGUGACGUCUCAGUGCAAAAUCAUGAAGUGCAAUUCUGAGUUCUUGGCCGCCACUUCGGGGCCCCACCACGUGGGGGCAGAGGACACCCCCGAGUUCUGCACGGCCCUCCGGGCCUAUGCUCACUGCACUCACCGCACGGCCCGCACCUGCCGCGGAGACCUGGCUUACCACUCCGCCGUCCACGGCAUCGACGACCUGAUGGCCCAGCACAACUGCUCCAAAGACGGCCCCACUUCCCAACCGCGGGUCCGCCCUCUGCCCCGAGGCGACAGCCAGGAGCGCUCAGACAGCCCGGAAAUCUGCCAUUAUGAGAAGAGCUUCCACAAGCACUCUCCUCCUCCCAACUAUACGCACUGUGGGCUGUUUGGAGACCCCCACCUGAGGACUUUUUCUGACAGUUUCCAGACUUGCAUAGUCCAAGGGGCAUGGCCGCUCAUAAACAACAACUACCUGAAUGUGCAGGUCACCAACACACCUGUCUUACCCAGUUCCACGGCAACAGCUACUAGCAAGCUCACCAUAAUUUUCAAGAGCUUCCAAGAAUGCGUAGAGCAGAAAGUCUACCAGGCUGAAACAGAUGAACUCCCAGCAGCCUUUGCCGAUGGCUCCAAGAACGGUGGCGACAAGCAUGGCGCCAACAGCCUGAAGAUCACCGAGAAGGUGUCCGGCCAACACAUUGAGAUCCAGGCCAAGUACAUUGGCACCACCAUUGUGGUGAGGCAAGUCGGCCGCUACCUCACCUUUGCUGUGAGGAUGCCCGAAGAGGUGGUGAAAGCGGUGGAAGACGGAGACAACCAGGGCCUCUACCUCUGUCUCUGGGGUUGCCCGCUCAACCAGCAGAUAGACUUCCAGGCCUUCCGUUCGACCACGCAGACCACAGAGAACCGGGCUCGCCAGAAAGGUGCCAGCUCUCCGUCUUCGCCAGAGCAUUUCACCUAUGAAACAGCCACAGCAAAGUGCCGGGAGAAGCUUCCGGUGGAGGACUUAUACUUCCAGUCCUGUGUCUUUGACCUCUUGACGACGGGCGACGUCAACUUUACACUUGCUGCUUACUAUGCCUUUGAAGACGUCAAAAUGCUGCACUCCAACAAAGACAAAUUGCACCUCUACGAACGGACACGAGACUUGGAGACAGGCAAUACGGCCCCCUUGGAGCCUCCCACACUUCUCCUUUUUCUGGGGGUGUUGGCAUGCUUGAGCCAGUGGACAGCUGUUUUCCUAUAGGCCGUCAUCUGUGGCAGACCUCCUGAGUCGGUAAAAACAAGAGAACAAUUGUACUGGGUAACUAAGAGGCUGAGCCAGCUGAGAGUGAACAGUUUUAGUGACUGCUUUUUCUCCAGGGGGAAAAACCCCAGAAAAAGCAAUUGAUCGAAUAGGUUGAACCUUCUUUCCAAGUGAAGGCCUCCUUUUAUGUUAAAGAGUUCUGAACUCGUGGUUGACCCCUGCUCUUGUUCCCUUCCUCCUCUGACUGGAAGGGAUAACGGGAGGCUUCUCACUCUCCCCCCACCCCGGUCCCUCCAUGUUUGAUGUACUACAAAUGGUUGUGGUGAUUGUGACAUUGGCGUUUGUGUAAAAGUCAAAAUAGGCUUCUUCUUUUUUUUAGACAGGCAGUGGCAAGUUGCCAGUUCCAGAAAUGAACUGCAGGAUCAUGACUGAACGGAGGUGAAAGAAAGAAAGAAAGAAAGAAAGAAAGAAAGAAAGAAAGAAAGAAAGAAAGAAAGAAAGAAAGAUCCGCUCAAAGGGUUAUGUGCGAGCAGAGCUUAGUCAGACAUGGGCAGCAGAAGAGUCAUGUUCUCUCCUCCACAACUGGCUUCUGGUUCAUUGCACCUGCUUUUCCCGGGGUGUGCCGAACGCUCUUGGCAAACAGGCUCUUGUGUGCUCACACCCUCACACAUGUGAGACUUGCCAUUGCACGUGCAAACAGCUGUGGGUGCACACCCAGUUUCUGUGAUCUUGUUUGUGUGCAGCUGCUGGCAGCUGCCUUUGCACAGGUGGGUGGGGGAAAGGAUGAGCAUCAGGCCUUCGCCUCCUCUGGCCCCAAAGGGACGGUGUACAGGAGACCCAGUCUCUAAGAAUGUGCUUCUUCCCACCUUCUCAGUAUCCAGCAGUGGGGAACCCUAAGGGGAUGGUAGUCCCUUUUAACGGAAAGAACAGAAUUCCAAUAGGGAAGGCAUUGUGGGACAAUGCUGUGCUUUUUGACGUGGGUCCAGCGUUAUCUUUGUAGAAGGCCUUCCCUACAGCUCGGAUCUUUGUUUUUCUUCAAGGAUUGCUGUCUCUUUGCAAAUUCCUCUUUCCUCCUAUCCUCCUCUGGUGUCUUCAGAGGGUUAAAACAAGGCCAGUAUUUCGGUGGCCCAAAGUGCCACUUCUUCUUCUUUUUUGUACAACCAAGGCUACCGUGGUGUCCAAGAAAUGGGCAUCAAGAACUUGCUUCCUUUCAAAGUCCUUUGCUUAGGUGACCCAAAAUCCUCCUUGGGGUUUUUUGUGCUGUAGAGAACAAAUCACACCAAGCCAUUGGGAGCCCCAGGGCAGAAGCUUCAGAGUUCCAAAAAGGAUUGCUUGUUUUUCCUACACUCCAGUUUGAUUCCCAAGCCUUUCUUUGCAAAGUUGCCCCCUGAAAUCAGAUGACUCAUUCUUCCUGCUGAAGAGAAGCCCUCUGAGGAGGCUACCUGCUGAAUCUCUGCAUUCCUGCUCUGGGUUUGCAGAAAUUCAGGAAGUAGAUUCCUUAGAAAAUGGGCAAAGUCUUACCGUUGCUCACUUUAAACCAGUGCUGUGCUGAUAUCAGUCCUCCAGUUUGCUUUCUUUGUUUUCUUCCCCUGCUAAAGAUGCUUCAGUUUUUAUACCUCAUUCUCAGGGUGCUUCAGUAAUGCCUGUGUGCAAGGUUUGGGGCUUAUGGUUGCAAAGUGGCCAAGAGUAGUCUUUAUGUUUUAUUUCCAGUAAUAAUCUCCAGCCUUUCUGCAGUCUCCCCAGCUGCCUGGGCUUCCUGAUCUGAAAAAAAGCCCAAGGGAGGAUUUGCCUUGUGAUGUCUUCCCCUGGGCUUUGAUUGGCAUGCAGGCACCCAGGAAGGCUGCAGAGCACAGAGCAGCGGUGAGAUGAUUUGUGGAAUGAAAGAAAGGUCACUUACAAGCAUAACCACCUCCAAAAUAAGGGAAGCCCAACAAAACCCCCUGCACCCAACUCAUGAGAAUUUAAUCAGAAGUAUUUCUUCCCCGUGAUAAUUUUUGAUUUUUUCCCCUUUCUCAUUAAUUGGUAGAAAAAGAUCAAAUAAAAUGCAGGAAUGUGGUUUUUUCCCCUGCACAGCACUAUUCAAAAUAUUGACCUUUUCAGGUCUGAGAGCAAACCAUACCUCUAUUUUAAUUUGGGAGGAGGGGCAGGGGAAGUAAGCCUCAGUAUUUUGGGAAAGUCUUAAACAGUUUGGCAUGCCUGUUCUGCUUUGCGUCUCAUCACCUUGUCUUCCUCCAUAGAAGCUUCCAAGCCAGGGAGUGUUUAGGAGAACUCUUACUGUCCCUGGAUAGAGCUUCAGCUUGGAUCCCCGGCCCCUCACUCUCUUUGGCCAACUCACGGUGUGACAUUUCAAGCCUCCUCCACUUUUCCCAUCCUCACUUAGGGCCAGCCACAUUGUACGUGUCAAAUGCAAUCUGUGCACCAGCCGUGCCAGUUUUGUGGUGGAAGUUCCCAGAUGUGCCCAGGCAGCAGGUCAACCAUGGAGGACAAGCUUGAGGUGCUCCUUGGACCAUCCCAAAGCCCAGAAGAUGCACACCCCAUAAAACACAGCCAUCGACAUUGCUCCACAGUGACUGCACACCUGUAUACUUCAUUAUUUGUACACGCAGUGACUUGCAUAUAUAUGCAAAAUGUCACAUGUGGCAACCUUCGUGUGGGUGUUGUGCUGUUUCCUAUACAGAAGCUCUCUCUGUGUGGGAAAGAGAUGGAGCUCAUAUCCCCAAGUUCUUUCAUCUGUUUGCUGCUGUAUAUUCCAUCAUCUCCUCUGCCCCAAGGAGACCCCUGUAGUGGACCAGAGGACUAAGCUAUCAAAGAGCAGCAUCUUUGAGGAACCAGCUCACAUGGAAGGUGCUACCCCCAUAAUGCUCUGCGAUCGAUUGAAAUUUGCCCGGUAGCCAAACUUCCACCCACCAGCAUCUCUGCCACCCACACUGAAAAAGCAGCAGAGGAACACGAUUUUGUAGUCACUUGAUGUAUAGGAUUGUGUCUUAUAUACUUAAUAUAUAGAGUGCCCUCACAUUGGUGACUGUACAGGGGUGUAAUUUUCUUUUCCUUCCUGAACAGUUUAAAGAAAAAUACGUGUUGACUGUUUCAUUCUAUGCUUUGUUCACCAAUGGCCCUUUCCUCCUCCUCUCAUCAUUGAUCUUGAAAUAGGGCGCUCUCAACUUGAGCUGUGAAGUGUGCGAACUCGGGAGGAACGAGGAGAUUGGGAGAUUCUUAGGCUGAAAACUGGGACUUGGCCUUCAUGUUCUCUAGAAGCGCUCACAGUAGCCAGGGGGGCUACAAAGUAUUGCCCCUCCAGAUGUUGCUGGACUUCAAGUCCCAUCAGCCUCCAAGCCAGUAUGGUCAACUGUCAGGGCUGAUGGGAGUUGGAGUCCCAACAAUCUCUGGAGGGCCACAGCGUCUCUGUUUUCGAUGUCCAAGUUGAGCUCACCACCUUGGUGGUUCAUUCUAAUCCACCGGCAACUUGCAACAGCUAAUGCUGCUUGUGUUUCAAAAUUGUGGAUGCUACUCAGAGUAGACUGAAUGAAAUUCAUAGACCAAAGUUAGCCAUGUCCAUUAAUUUCAACAGGCAUGCUCUGAGUAGGAGCAAUAUUGGAGACGAGGCUCAUAAGCUUCAUUUCACCAUAUUUAGUUCAAUAUUGUCUUCCUUGGAAAAAUGUGGACCAUGUUCACGCCAUACAUUUAAAGCACUGUGGCGACCGUGUUAAAACAAUUGUGGCUUCCCCCAAAGAAUCCGGGAAGCCAUAUUUUGUUAAGGGUUCUCAGAGUUGUUAGGAGACCUCAACACACAUUCCCUUACAGAGCUACAAUUCCCAGAGUUCCCUGGGAAGAGGGAUUGAUUGGUUUAAGAAUCUGAGAAUGGUAGCUCUGGUAGGGAAUUAGGGUGUCUCUGCAGACCUCUCACCCCUCUUAACAGACCACAGCUCCCCAAAUUCUUAGGGUUAAGCCAUGACUGAGCAAAGUGGUACCAUAGUGCUUUAAAUGUAUAUGUCCUUUGUAAGGUCUUCAAAUUGGGUAGUGAUGGCCUUUCUUCAUAGCCGCUCCUCCUCCUCCUCUCCAGCUGACCUCACAGUCCAAAAAGUCCGUCAAGGUUUUCCAACUAUAGGAAUAUCUUUAAUGUUAAAAAAUAUUUUUUAAAGCACUUUAUUUUGGUUUACAUUAUAGGGCUCAUUCUGGCUUGCAGGUGAAGUGAAGCCAAUAAAAACCCAAUGGAUUUUUAAAAAACGAAACAAAACACAAAGGGCGGGGACGCAAUUCCAGCCUCACUGACCCUUUUCCUUCCCAGCUUCUUUUGUGUUUGUGUGUAGAAUUUUGUCUGUAAAUACUGUAAAUUAUUUAUUGAUGAAAAGUGCAAGUAAAACAUUUUCUUCCCAACCA